AUGGCUGAUUCCCGAAGCAGAAAACGGAGAGAAGUCGGGCCCAGUUUUGGACGACAACCAUCGCCACCACAUCGAGUAUUUAAAUCAAAUUUUGGCCGAGAAGGCGAGUCAAGAAAACAGGAGAAGCCAAAAUCAGGGGCAGAAUCGAGUGUUGCUAAAUUAUCUGACCUCGUCGAAGAUAAACCAGCGAGGCUGAAUCAAGAUGAUGUGAUCCUGAGUUACCUUGGAUCCGAUAGUCCCAUUGGAUUCGUUGAUUCCCUCUGUCGCUGCUUGGAAGCUGACGGAAUUCGCGUUUUCAGAGUUGACGACAUCCCAUCUAUUCUACCCGAAGAGCUUCGGCUAUCGGUCUCCGGCUCCAACAUCUACGUACCUAUUUUUUCAACAGCCUAUCCUUAUAGCCCUCGGUGCCUUGAGACGCUCGCACUCAUGGCAGAACACACGUCUAGAUCAGGAGGGAAGAAAGAGAUCCUGCCCGUUUUCUACAAUGUGGAACGGUCUGAUGUGCAGCUGGACCAAAAAUCACGCUACAGAGACGCCCUGGACGAGCACAAGCAGAGAUUCGGCGAUGAGAAAGUCAAGCUGUGGGAGAAGGCUCUUGUGGGGGCUGGUAAAGUCAAGGGAUGGGAACGAAGCUCAUAUGAAAGUGAAGAGGAACUUAUCACAGCCAUCGUUGGAGAAAUUUUGUUUAAGCUGAUGAUAGCACACAAUCAUGUGUCUGAGGAUCUAUCCACUGGUGAUAAUCCCAUGUUAUCUGACAGGACCUCGGAGCUUGAAGACAGUCAAGAAUCGAAAAUAAUGGAAUUAUUGGAACUGGAAGUAAGCGAUGUACGAAUUGUUGGAAUCCAUGGGAGAGAUGGCAUUGGAAAGACUGCUCUUGCCAAGAUCAUAUAUGAUAAAAUAUCCCUUCGCUUUGAUGCUUGCAGUUUUCUUCCUGAGAUUGAAGAAACAACGCAGCAACCUGGAGGUGUUCACUAUCUUCAAAACAAGUUGAUCUACAAUAUUUUAAAAAGAGAGCACGAGGUUGCUUUUGCUUUCGAAGGAGUACGAUUUUUGAAAGAAAUAUUUAGGAAUAUGAAAGUUCUCAUUGUUCUCGAUGAUUUGGAAAGGAGAUCCCUCCUCAAGGAGUUUGUAGGAGCUAAGCUUGAUUGGUUUGGUUGUGGAAGCAGAAUAAUUGUCACCUCCAAAGAAAGAAGCGUUCUUCAAGGGUUUCUUGAUCGGGGUUUGGCUCGUACUUACUAUGUUAGUUCAAUGGAUGAUAAUAAAGCUUUCAACUUUUUCUGGCAACAGAAUAAUUGUCACCUCCAAAGAAAGAAGCGUUCUUCAAGGGUUUCUUGA